AUGAAAGAUGCAGAGAGAACCAGCGGGUAUUCAUCUCACUCUUUGUACAUGAAUACAUCCAACCUGAAGCCUGGACAAGAACUAAUAUCAAUAACAGCCUGAUAGUUAAAAUGGGCACUGAGGAAAAAGAAGUGGAGCCUGUAGCUCAUCCACCUCCAAAAGAACAAGGAUCACCAGAGAAGAAGAAGAAGAAUCCUCCUGCAGAACAUCUCCAGGGACAAACAGCCAAGUCUGGUGACCCUCUCGACACAUACAAAUGGCAAACUGGCUCAGAGGAAUCACUUCAUACUGUGACUGCAGUUGGAGCUGCCUCUGCAGCAUCUACAACUGAAAGGAUUCAAAGGGGCACCAAAUGGAGCAAGAUGCAAUUGUGGCGUAAGACCCUGAGCGAGGACGACAAAACAACCAAAAUGAACUCAACGGGAAAGAAUCCUUUCAGAAGGGCCCUGUCUUUGCCUCCUCCGUCGCUUUUUGCCACCCUUACCCACUCCUCCAGCUCUGCCGGUACGCCACAAGAAGAACCGUCAUCAUCUUCUGCUGCAGGAGCCACUGUGGAACCUGAGAAAGGAGGAGGGGAGGCUCGCUUCAAAAAGUAUUGGAGGUCUGUGUCGCAGAAGCUCAAAAGGCCCAGACUGUACAGUCGGAACAGCACCCCUGCAUUGUUACCAGGUGCGCAAGAAGCUGUGUCCACAGAACUCCAGAAACACCAGUGGUCGCAACCCCAGGCGCUUCCCUUAUGGAACAUUAGCAACUGUGUUCUUCAAGAUGGACAGAUUCUCAUCUGCCCCGAGGAAGAACCAACAUUGUGGACCCGAAACCGUGUUAACAGCUGCCUGUCUAACCUCAGCAUGCAGAAUCUUGUGGACAUCGACACAGAAUGUAGUCCUGACCACGUGGGCCCUCGACCCAAGAAAGAAGAUGGCGGCGUGCGAGCACUGAUUAAGCGACGUCUUGAGAACAAGGCCAAGAGAACUAGCAACACUCAACUGAACCACAUCGGACUAAACAAAGGUGGCAGGCACUAUGGAUCUAAGGAGUCUGUAUCCAUUCCUGUGAGUCCAGUUGGAAGUCUGGAUCUAAAUGCAGAUGCCAGUACCGUGAUCAGGCCAGUGCACAGCUCCAUUUUAGGGGAGAAGUACUGUUUUGAGGUCAUAAACUCUGAGAACACACACUGCUUUGGCUGCUCCUCAGCUGCAGAGCGUGAUCGUUGGAUUGAAGACCUGAGAAGGGCUGCCCAGCCUAAUAAGGAUAACAUUGAGCGCACAGAGAACUCUCUAAAUCUGUGGGUAAAGGAAGCAAAGGAUCUGCCACCCAAACAACGUUAUUACUGUGAGGUACACUUGGAUGGGACUCUGUUUGCCCGUACCACCACUCGCCCUGUUGGAAAGGUGUCCAGUGGCUCCACCCUGCCCGGGGAAAGCGCUAAUGGCUCUUCACGAUACCUGGGCGGCAGCGGAGGUGUUCCUGGGGGAUGUCAGUUAUUCUGGGGAGAGUUCUUUGAACUUGACAAUCUUCCCUGCAUCUCCCAAAUCACCUUGCACCUCUUCCGUGAAGAAGACCCCAAGAAAAAGCGUCAUUCCCGAGAUGAGGUCAGUCUGCAUCCACUGGGUAGUGUGAAUAUAAACUUGGCUGAUAUCCGAGGGAGGACCUAUCAGGAGAAGUGGUAUCCCAUCAUUCCUUCCAAGCUGUCAGGCAUAGGGUGCACCAAAGAGCAUCUGGGGCCACAGGCUUCUCUCCGCAUCAAGGCCCGUUUCCAGAACCUACAGGUUCUACCUAUGGAAAAAUACAAGGAGUUUGCUGAGUAUGUAACUGUGAAUUAUGUGGAAAUGUGCACAAGCUUGGAGCCACUCUUGAAUGUGAAAGAAAAGGAGGAGCUCGCCGGGGCUCUUGUACAUGUGCUGCAGAGUAUCGGCAAAGCAAAGGAGUUUCUUGUUGAUUUGGGCGUCGCCGAGAUUGAGCGUCUCGGAGACAAGGAGGCGCUUAUCUUCAGAGAGAACACACUUGCCACUAAAGCCAUAGAUGAAUAUAUGAAGCUGGUUGGACAAAAAUAUCUCAUCGACACACUAGGGGACUUUAUCAUAUGUCUCUAUGGAAUGGGGAACAACUGUGAAGUUGACCCCCGCAAAUGUCAUGCCUCUGAACUACCAAACAACCAGAGGCACUUGAGGGAAAUGUGUGACCAGGUGGUGCGGAAAAUUAUUGACCCCCACAAACACUUUCCCGAAGAGCUGAACAAGAUUUUCUCAAGCUGGGCGGAGCUGUGUGAAGACCAAGGAAGACCAGAGAUUGGUCAACGUCUCAUCUCUGCUUCCCUCUUCCUUCGCUUCUUGUGUCCCGCUGUCCUCAGUCCGUCUCUUUUUGGUUUGACGCAACCAUACCCAGAGCCAAACACCCUGCGCACACUCACCUUAACUGCCAAAGUCAUCCAAAACUUGGCAAACUUCACUCUGUUUGGAGAGAAGGAGGAGUACAUGCUGUUUAUGAAUGAAUUCUUACAGCAGCAUUGGGACGGAAUGAGGGGGUUUCUCAAAACGGUAUCCAAUCCAUACACUGAGGUCCCAAUGAGCUCUUUUGAUGGCUAUGUGGAUCUACCUCUGCGACUGGCCGUGCUGCAUGGCCUGCUGGUGGACAUCAUUCAUCUGAGGGACCAGGAAACAAUUGAGAAAUUGCACCCUCUGCCUAUGAUUCUGAACCAGAUAACAGAGUCACUGGGCCCUGAGAUACGUCAGAUCACAAUUAACAACCCAAGGAAACAAGCUAAGCCAAAGUAUGUUCCUCCAAAAGACUUGGGCAAAUUCAGCCCUCAUCAAUCGUCCCUCCAGCAGCUUCCUCAGGAAUCCAGGAACCUAAGAGAUGGAGAUGUCAAAGCUAGGAGAAGGAACCCAGUCACCAGAACUCAAAGUGCUCCACAUAGACGUCCUGAAAAAAGACUGAAGAGGCAAACAAGUUCUGAAGCUCUGCCUACAGCUAACCAUGAACAAGAUUUGGAAACAAACCAGCCCCUGAUCUCGUCACCAAAAACUAGUGAAGCAAUUAAACCAUGUGCACCAGUUCCCUGGAUUAAAGACACGCAAAGCAGAGAGCCCAGAGAGAUGACUUCUGAACAGGAGGAGCUCAGCUUACUCGAUAGGCAUGCCCAGGAACUGUCCGAGCUUCGCCUUGGACUAGACCAGGUGACUGAGCGUGAGCUGGAAAUGGCAAAGCGCCUGGAGGACUUCAUUAACCAAAGUCAGGACCAGAAUGCAAUACUGCAGGCUGAAAUGAAUGAGCUCCGGCAUCUGCUGGCUACAAGAGAGCAGCAGCUUGCUAGCGCCACCUUCAGGUUGGGUGUGAUUGAGGAGGAGAGGGAGGAUGAUGAGCGCAAGCUGAAUGUCGCAAUUGCAGCAGCUGAGCGGAUGAACAUACUGGAGGAGCAGUUUGCCAGUUUGAUGAAGGACAUUCAUCACCUCAAUGAGACAUGCAACAAUGAGCAAGCUGAUGAAAAGUAACAAAUUGUCAGUAGACGAUAAUUUAGUUCUGAGGCCUUGCCACAGUUUUGUAUAGUUACAAUGUUCAAUAUAUAGUAAAUGAGUAUACCCCCACCAAGUAAGCUUUUCAUCCAUUUCUCAGUAAACAAAACUAAUCUAAACUUAGCCUUGCUACACUUUUAUUGGUAUGGAACAUCAAAUUAUGUUUUACCUCAAAAAUAAAAUGUUUUGAGUUCACAUUGACAAAUGGCUUAACAAUAACAUUGAUCAUGGAGUAUAUUGUAGCAUUGUACCCCAUUAAAAUAAUUAUUCUCAAAGGAAACACAAUGUUUUCUCGCAAAUCUGUUGGGGUGUACUCAUUUAUAUUAAGCACUGUAUAGAAGAUAAAAAUUCCCACAAAAUAGCAGUAGACAUACACUCAUCGGUCACAUUUGGUUCACUAACACAGUCUAAUGAGAUCCAAAAUAAAACCUUUAAGAAUGAUGCCCUUGUGAAAACAAAAAUGGUCAGUAAGCUACAAGUUCUUGAGAGGAGUACAACAUAAGAUAAACCUCUCGGUAUAAAGACUUAUAUACUGUAUGCACCAGUCGCAUUAUGGGUACUCGCACAAUAAUAUCCAAUUUAGAGAUGUGUCAAAUAUUCUGCCUUUAUGAUGAUUGUGAUCUUCAGUUUAGAGUUUUGAUGUCCUGUUAAGUUUUAAUAUGACAAUAUGUUCAUGAUUGUCGUUGUGGCUUGCAAUGAGAGCUGUAUAUAAUCAUUUUGAGUGUCUCAUGUAACUAAUUCAGAUAACCAAAAUAUUCAACAUAGCUUUAAUUAUGAUGAAGCACAGUUUUACACCACUGCAAACUACAAGGACGAACAUUUUAUCAAUUAAUAACAUUGGUUCAAUUGUGAGCAUCAUCUUUGUAAUGGCAGAAUGUUUUGAGGUAUUGGCCUCUAUUUUCGUGACCCGCGUAUAUAUAGUGCUGCACCUGGCGUAACUCUGCUAGGAGGCGGGUAAGACCCAGUGUUGUACCCCGCCUCCUGCCCGAUGACAGCUGGGAUAGGCUCCAGCACGUCCGCGACCCUAGUGAGGAGAAGCGGCUCACAAAAUGGAUGGAUGGACAAUUGAACACAAGAUUGUUAAAUCAUUACUAAACGAACACAGCUUUUAUGUACAAAGUAUAACUACUUUUUUUUAUCAAUUUAUAAUACUAUAGUGCAUCUGAGCACAAUGUUUUACUCAGCAAACAAUUAUUAGAAGAAACUACACAAUAAGGACCGUUGCUCUUUUACUAUAAUUGGCUGAUCCAGUGUUCUCCUGAUAACUGUCAGUUACAACCCUACCCAAGACUCACUUCAGCAUUGACUUCUUUGUCAGAAUGAUUCCAGCCGCAAAGGUGACAACCAAGGCGAGUAACACCAAGCCAUGACGUAAAAGCAUCUCUUUUACUGUAGGAACAUCUUUGACCUUGUUGGUUGCAGUGUCCUGCUGCUCCGGAAUCUGUAGGAACCUGUGGUCCUCUGCAGUGCUCUCACGUCUUGGUGUAAGGGCAGGAAGCGGAGCCUGAUUAGUGUUUGGAGUCUAGAAUUGAAAUCAUAAAAACUUGAGGCAGAUUAGCACUUGACAUAUACUUUAAGAUAUCAGCAUCAGAUAUCAACUGUUGCUUCCCACUAUGCAAGUAUAUAUUGUUGUGCACUUGAUGGCAAAUUUUAACUUUUUAAUGGGAUCUCCAAAUCUCUGUAUUCACCUCCAUGUUCUGUAAGCAACCAAUUAAGACAAUUUUCUGCUCAGGUACUUGCUUGCUGCAUGUCACUUUACUGAUAUCUAUUGUUAAAAACGGUGAAAAUGAAGUAUAGCUUUACAGCUGACCUGGUUUAUUUGCCCAUGGUAAAAAUGAAUGAGAGGAACAGGGGUAUGUAAAGGUGCCAUAUUUUACCAAACCAUUUUUUUCGAGUGUUUUGAGAUGUAAUAUUGGCUCUAUGAUGCCUCAGUAAUCAUGUGAAAUAUGAAUUAAAAUCGCCCACACGUUCCUCAGUCACAGACGUUUUUCUGUUGAGAGGCCUGAAAGCAGGUCAUUCGAAUUUCUCCAUCUUAUCUACGUCACUAACGAAGGUCUCCGCCUUCCCUUUCCACUCCCAUGCCAACGCUGUCAACAUAACAAACACGUGUGCUCUAACAGGUAAGUCUUCUACACUGAGGCAAUCAAUCAGAGGAAAAGGUCUAGGCCAGAUAUGGACAAAGCAGACACAAAAGUGGGUCAAACAGAAGUAGCUGUCAGGGUGGCCUUUUCUGUACAGUCGUAUGAUGAAACCAAGGUGCUUUUUGAAAUUAAAUUCACACUUGUAUACUAAGUCCAUGUUAGAGAGUAACUCUGUGGAGGUCUAAAUAGCCAAAAUAUGAGACCUUUGAAAAGUAUAAGACAAGAACAAAUAUAAAACACAGAUGUGUCUCCGUUGGAUGAGUAAACCUUUGCAGCGAUUACGAUAGUGAACUGAAAACAUGUAGCUCUCUAACUUUGUUUAAAAAAAUGUUUAAAACAAAAGAGUGAUACUGUAAAGAAUCUGGUAUAAGGAGAAAAAAAAGUGUAUGUACAUGUAUAUUGUGUGUCUAUUAUAUGUAUAUACUGUAUGUGCAUAUAAUAAAUAAACACAAAUAGAAAAUAUGAAGAUGAUGAAGCAUUUAGAAAUGCUAGCUGGGCUAUGUAAUAUGAAGAUGAUGAAGCAUUUAGAAAUGCUAGCUGGGCUAUGUAUGUAUAUAUAUACUGUAUCAAUUGUUAAAAUUUCCGUUACACAUUGGAUGGACCUAUUAUUUUUUGGAUAAUUAGAAUAUACUGCAAAUGGAUAAUUGGAUAAUUAGAAUAUACUGCAAAUGAUUAGCUCCCUAAUUUAUUACGUCAUUAUUACUUUACAUGGACCCGUUAAUUUAGCAUACCUAGAUUAUUAGAAUACUAUAUACGAUUAGCUUCCUAUAACAAUAAUAUUGUACAAGUAAAAUCUAUACUUUUAAGUACUAUUACACAAAGUCAAAUCUAUACUCGGAAUUAGGAGUAGGACCCAGUGCUGGGCGAUAUGGAGAAAAUCUCUCACAAUAUGGGCCAUUCUAUAUCAUAAUAACGCUAGAAUAUAGUACAUUUUCAGCUAUUCUAUGAAAGACUAUACAAUGUAGUAUGACUGCUUACUUUUACUCACUUUAUUUCAGGUUUACAUUAAACAGACCAGUCAAAAAUGAGAAAUGUAUCCACCAUCCAGUAGUGCUGCAAUUAGGGCUGAAGCUAUAGAGUAUUUUAGUAACCGAGUAUCCGACUAAGAAUGCUAUUGAAUGAUCAAGAAUUUGGAUAAAGUAUAUAUUUUCGGUUGGCUAAAGAGCAAUUCUGAAUACACAAGACAAAAUAAGUUAUUUCUCUUAAUAAUGAAUUACCAAUUGGUUUCCUUUUUAACGUAAUCAACCUAUUUUCUUAAAUGAACAUUGUGCAUACGCAGCAAACUGCAUUUUCUUAGAUACAAUUGUCUUCAUCUACAU